AUGCGUGUCUUUCAAUUGGCCCUUCUGUCCGUUCUCUUGAUCGGAAUCCAAUCCAAAUCAUGUAAGCCAAACUCAUCUUACUUUAUUAUUGUCCCCUAUUUAACAACAGUUUGUGAUUAAAAAAGAUGAUUGUUUUCCUUACAAAUAUUUUUUGUUUCAGUGUACAAACGCGAUAACAGCUAUGGGGAUGAGCCAGUGACCCCAGCCCCAGCCGCCGCUCCAGAAGCCGCCCCAGCUGCUGAAGAAUCAGCCCCAGCCGCCGAAUCCGCCCCAGCCCCAGAAGCUGCCCCAGCCGCCGAAGAAGCCGCUCCAGCCCCAGAAGCCGCCCCAGCUGAAGCUGCCCCAGCCCCAGUUGAACAAGCUGCCCCAGAAGCCGCUCCAGUUGCUGCCUCCGGAUACAGAAAGAAGAGAGACAACAGCUACGGAGAUGAGCCAGUAACUCCAGCUCCAGCCGCUGCUCCAGAAGCUGCCCCAGCCGCCGAAUCCGCCCCAGCCCCAGAAGCUGCCCCAGCCGCCGAAUCCGCCCCAGCCCCAGAAGCUGCCCCAGCCGCCGAAGAAGCCGCUCCAGCCCCAGAAGCCGCCCCAGCUGAGGCUGCUCCCGCUCCAGUUGAACAAGCCGCUCCAGAAGCCGCCCCAGUUGCUGCCUCCGGAUACAGAAAGAAGAGAGACAACAGUUACGGAGAUGAGCCAGUAACUCCAGCCCCAGCUGCUGCUCCAGAAGCCGCCCCAGCCGCUGAAGAGUCUGCUCCAGCCGCCGAAGCCGCUCCAGCCCCAGAAGCCGCCCCAGCUGAGUCUGCCCCAGCUCCAGAAGCCGCUCCAGCUGAAGCUGCCCCAGCUCCAGUUGAACAAGCUGCCCCAGAAGCCGCUCCAGUCGCCGCCUCCGGAUACAGAAAGAAGAGAGACAACAGUUACGGAGAUGAGCCAGUAACUCCAGCCCCAGCUGCUGCUCCAGAAGCCGCCCCAGCCGCUGAAGAAUCAGCCCCAGCCGCCGAAUCUGCUCCCGCUCCAGAAGCUGCCCCAACCGCCGAAGAAGCCGCUCCAGCUCCAGAAGCCGCCCCAGCUGAGGCUGCCCCAGCUCCAGUUGAACAAGCCGCUCCAGAAGCCGCCCCAGUUGCCGCCUCCGGCUACUAA